AUGUCUUACAUGCGCCAGCCCAACGGCAACGGUAGCGUUAGCUAUAUGAACGGCGCAAACCGCAAUAGACUCGCAGACGAGCGCUCCCGCUCAAGGGGUCCUGCAAGCGCAUUUGGCUACGAUGGAACCUCACGUCAAGAGAGCCACAUUCGAGUCCCCGCAAGGGUAGAUAGGCAUCAUGCUCAGAGACGGAGCUACGGACAAAGUAUGGAAGACUCCCGGUCGCGAUCACGUGGAGCGCCGGCGUCGGCACGCUAUGGAGCACGUGGUGGUGAGGUGGAAGAGAUAUUGCGGUACAUUUCCCAGCAUUGGUCCUUCAUGGCGUCAGAUGGCUGCAUACCCGUCAAGGUGGCAUUGCAGCUUAUGGACCCUUCGUCUCUUGGCUUAGCAGACCAAUACGAUCAGUUUCAGGACGUCCAUCAACAAUUGCAGAAUGCGCUCAAAGUGAUUGUGAACGAGCAUCACCAGGGUUUUAACAGCUCCAUAGGCACCUUCCACAAGAUUCAGGCAGCGAUACAUGCAAGCCAACAGCGUGUGAGAACAUUACGGGCGGGCCUGCUGCAAGCUAAGGAGAGUCUGGGCGCACCACGGCCGGAGUUGAGAGCCUUCGCUACGAGCAGCCAGAGCUAUGAUCGGAUGCUGCAGGUUGUCAAUGAUAUUGAAGAGUUGCAGACCAUUCCGGACCGCCUGGAUGCACUCAUUUCGGAGAAACGGUUCCUCGGUGCAGUUGCCACGUUGAAGGACGCACUAGCACUGAUUCGCAAGCCGGAAAUGGAUGACAUCGGUGCACUUUCGGAACUGAGAGUGUACCUGUCGAACCAAGAGCACAGUUUGACUGAUAUCUUGAUCGAGGAACUGCACAGCCAUCUCUACCUGAAGUCACCUUAUUGCGAGGAGAGAUGGAAAGCUCAUUCCAAACGAGACGGCAGCGACGGAGCGGUCGUUGUAGAUGAAGACCGAGCUAUGCACAUCUUCCUUGACAACUACGAUGGAUCACAGCCGAUGCAGGAGGAUGCAACACGCAACCCGGAGGCGAACACCUUCUACUACGUUCAACUGCUUACGGAGUCGCUGUUUAACCUGGGAAAGUUGGAGGUGGCAGUGGAUGCCAUUGAACAGCGAUUACCGGUUGAACUGUUCAGGGUAGUGGAGCGCAGCCAUGGCGAGGUUGAACAGCGGCAUCCAUCGACCAUGCGCUCCGCCGCUGCUCGUAAUCGGCAGCAAAUGUACGGCGGGGUGCAUAAGCGACUGGACGCCGAGCAGCAGGACAUAUUAAACGAUCUUCUAAUCACAUUAUAUGCCAAGUUUGAGGCCAUUGCGGAGGGACAUCGCGUGCUGCACGAUGUUACCGCGGCAAUGCUUACCCGAGAUGCUGCACAACCCAGCGACUCAGAGACACUCAAUCGGAGCUUCAGAGAGCUGUGGAAGCUUCUGCAAUCCGAGAUCCGAUCGUUACUCCACGAUCAUCUAACCGCAAGUGGCGUAGAUGCCGGCGGCCAAAGGAGCAAAAACGGCGCCCUCACAGCGAACAUCUUCCGGCCGCAGCCUAGAGACCGGACACGAAAGUUAUUCAAGCUGGCAGAUACCGACAGUAAAUGCACUGAUCUCACGACAGAACGGGAGGACCUCGAGUUCAUCCUCCGCUCGUCCGUGCCGGGAUUGGUGAACACAAGCCAGGCGCAAAAUGCGAGACCGGACGCCGAGAACAGCACCAUCCGUGCGGACAUGUCUGCAACUGGGCACAAGCUACUCGUCGAACCCAGCGUCUUCAACAUGAGCGUACUUCUACCACCCUCCCUAGCCUUCCUCAACAGACUGAAAACAAUCGUCCCCUCCCAUUCCGGCGUCGUCGCAAGCACGCUAACCAGCUUCCUGGACGACUUCCUGAUCAACGUCUUCUACCCGCAAUUGGACGAGACCCUCGUCGAUCUGUGCUCGCGCAGCAUAGACGACUCGUCUGCCUUUCUGCCAGACCCGCAAUGGCAAGCGCACAGUCAACGCCCCGUUUUCGCCGGCACGGUGCGCUUCUUCGAGGUCGUGGAGACGGUGUGUGUCAUGCUUGAUGCCCUGCCGCAUGAGCAGAGUUUCAGCGCAUUGGUUGUGCAGCAGAUGCGGACGUAUUAUGAUAAAUGCUACAAUUGGUCGAAGGGCUUGCUGCAGCGCGCCGUGGCGACGCAGGAAGGACAGGGCGCGCUUAAGAUGCGCUUAUCUGCUGAGUUGGCCACGAGUGGUGAUAUCAGCGCGCUGGUGAUUGAGAUGCUGAAGCUUUCGUCGAGUGGGGAUGAGCGGGAGCAGAAAGCGCUGGCGGAACGAGAGGCUGCGCUCUUGAUACACAUGGUGAAAGAACGGUCGAUCGAAGAAGUGGACCUCAUCAACGACCGCAAAUCCCUAUCCUCCCUCUGCACACUCCACGUCAGCAUGAAGUGGCUCGCCGCGCGCUGCCACAAUCUACGCUACAUCAGCCCGCGCGCAAUCGACAUGGGCAGCACGAACAACACCGACACCACACCAUCCUCCCAAACCCCACACCACCACGCCCGCCGCUGGACCACGCCAUCCCACCACCUCGACCCCGCCCCGACCAACCCCUACCUCCCCCUCGACCCAAACACCGCCACCCAAUUCGACGCCGUCAUCCUCUCCUUCCGCGAACUCAGCACCCUCAUCCUCCGCACCCUCCACAUCGACCUGCGCCUGCAUUUACUCCACGGAAUCGCCGCGAGCAUGAGUAGUACCUACUCCCUCGGCCAACCGUACAAUGACCCCGACCCGGCGAUCCUGGAUUUGAGCGGGAGUCUCUCGACUUAUGAUACCGCGAUUUCGUCCGCGCUGUUGCCGGCACAGUACGGGUUUCUGACGGCACAUGUGCAUGCGUUGGUGAAUCAUACGCUUAUUGCGCUGGUGACGUUUAUCCCGUCCCUUGACGACUUCGGUCUGGAUCGACUGAGAUUGAAUGUGUCGGUGCUGCAGCAGAGUCUGAAAUCACUCUCCCCACCCUCAACAUCAACCCCAACCUCAACCACCACCUCAUCAUCAUCCUCCUCCUCCACUUCCAACCUAAGCAAAGCCGCCGACUUCUACGCCCUCGCUGAAGCGGGCUGCGACAACAUCGUCAACAAGGGACGAACAGGCGGCGGGGGGUUAGUUUGAGGAGGGCGGGACGGUCGACGGAUGGGCGGGAAGGCGGUCGGGAGAGGGAUGUGGGGGGGAGGGUAGGGGAGGUUGGAGUGGCUAGUUAAGUAAUGUUAGGAGGAGGAUAGCGACGCAGAACCCUCGAUAGCGUAGCUGACGUUUGUUUGAACAAGGAGUGAUGGUUGAUGAGGAGAUUUGAUGUGGAGAAGUAUGUAGGAUGUCGGAUAAACUUCUCCCCAUACUGCUGCCUACCGAGAUCUAUCGUCACCCCUUUUGCCGGUUGAGCUGAUGCCCACCAGACAGAAACAACGCUAAGUUCAGAUGUCAUACUAUUCAUUCGUUCAUUCGUUCGCCGCACGCCUUCGUAGACACCGCUUCAGAGCCAUUGUGGCAUCCUUCUUG